GUGAAUAUCGGAUUUCUGCUCUUUGCUGGUAACCGAUGAAUUUCGUCGAUGAUUUAACCAAAUGGAGCGGUAGGGUGGAUAUGGACUACGGGAACAAACUGAACCAGGCACUCUCUUCUAGCACUAAAUUUCUACCUACAGCAGGAGUGAGAACUGUCGGGUCCUUCCAGCACUUCAGCCGCUCACUGGGUCCUGGUGUGAAAGUCAAAGAGGAGGACGAAAGUGUGGAGGAUUUCUUCCAUUUCGCUCAGCAUCUUCAGCAACAAACAGGAGAGUGUCUCACGGCGUGCUGUGGCGGAGCGAAUUCUAAAACUACCCCUCUCACUACAGCCCUCGUUUCCACUCUAGGUACCCCACUCACAGCCUCACUUACAGCCUCUCUCACAACCCCCCUCACAACUCCCAUCACAAGCCCACCACCUAAACCGAGCAGCCAGCCCUCAGCAGAGCGACCAUACCACUGUCAGGACUGUGGCAAGUACUUCAGAAUCAGCGACAUUAAGCGCCACCAGAGAAUCCACAGCGGGGAACGGCCGUUCCCCUGCUUUCAGUGUGGUAAAAACUUUCCCACGUCGGGAGACCUCAAAAGACACGAGAGGAUCCACACGGGAGAGCGGCCUUACCACUGCCUGCAGUGUGGCAAGAAUUUCUCUGACUCGGGGCACCUGAAGCAGCACGAGAGAAUGCACACCGGCGAGCGACCGUACCAGUGCCCACAAUGCGGCAAGCGCUUUUACAGGUCGGGUGACCUGAAAAGGCAUCUUCGAAUUCACAGCGGCGAGCGACCUUACAAGUGCCCACAGUGUGAAAAGACCUUUUCUGAUUCGGGUCACCUGCGGGGCCACCAGCGCAUCCACACAGGAGAGCGUCCACACCGCUGCACGCUAUGUGAGAAAAGUUUCUUUCGUUCUGGGGACCUGAAGCGACACCACCGGACGCACACCGGUGAGAGGCCAUACCAGUGCUACCAGUGCGGCAAGAGCUUUUCAGAGUCGGGCCACCUUAAAGAGCACCGGCGCAUUCACACAGGAGAGAAGCCCUACCGCUGCAACCACUGUGACAAGAGCUUCUCGCGUCUGGAACGCCUUAAGGGCCACCAGAGCAUCCAUACAGGUGAGCGGCCCUUCCACUGCGCCCAGUGUGGCAAGAACUUCUUUAGGUCCGGUGAGCUCAAGAGGCACCAGAGGAUCCAUAACGGAGACAGAGCAUAAAACGAUGGCUUUGCUAUUUUUCUUUCCCUAUUUGUGGCCAAUCAAACUUUGUCAUUGUGCUGCAGAGCUUUGUGAUUCCAGAUGAGCUUGGUUACUCAGUAGUGGGAUAUAAAUUUGUUUGAAAGGACUGAAGCAUAAAUUUACUGCAUUAUUCCAAACAGAACUUAAACUGGUUAACUGUAAUGUCCGUCUUUGCGUCUUUCACACUUGCAUCUUUCAAAUGGUAAUUGACCAGGGUUCCUCUACUUUUCUUUGGAAGUCCUUUUAUCUAACAUACGGUGGCUUCGGUGGAAUUUACUUUCAAACACUUUAAUGUUUAAUGUUUUUUUUUCCAAUUACCCAAUCGGAUUUUGCUUCCUUUACUUCUGCUGACCUCCUCAUGACUGACACAAGCCUCCAUCGUGUGCAGUAGCCGACCUCUUCUUUUCACCUGCACAAGGCGGGUUUAUAUGGAGAUCCGUAUCGUGCACGGAGAGUCACGCAUCAUCUCCAUUAUCCCCUGUCUCUGUGCAGGCGCCAUCGAUGAGCCAGCAGAAUUCGUAAUUGCAUCAGUUAUGAGGAAUCCUCUUCUGCAUUCCACUCUCGGAUGAGUCAACCAUCAAACACUCAUUUAUUACAUUUCAUUCCAAGUUCAUUUGUGGGCUGGCACAUACAUGGCCAUUUAUUCUAUAAAGAAUCAUCCCAAGCACAAAAUUCCAACAGCUUGCCUUGCUGAAUCACUUAAUUCUGCAGAUAUCUUGUAUACUUCUGAGGCUGGGGUUUUACCAGGUCUUCUUUAGCACAGUUUAGAGAGCAACAGUGGACUCGCUUUGUUGGGUUUUCCACUGCAACUUUCAGUGAAUAUAAGUAACCAGCCCUAUAAAUAAACUCUGCGUUCAGAAUUGCUACAUUUUAAUCUGCAAUGUCACAUAAAUGAUUAAAGGAAUCCCUGCUUAAUUGGGCAAUAAGUAUGUAUUGACUUGAUUCACAGUCAGGUGGGCUGCUGACUGAUGGUCUGAAUGUCUUUUGCUUUUUACUCUAUUAGAAGCUGUGUUAGCUUGCUUAAAAAUUGCCAAACAAACCCCUAAUGUACAAGAAUGUGCAUACCUGUAGGACGUGAUUUGGGUUCUUUAAAUGAAUUUAGGAAACUCUAGCUGUAGAUGAAAUCUAUGACGCUAGGUGUAAUUAAGUCAUUUGCUGAGUGUGGUGCACCCUUCCUAAGUUGUAUUUUUCACCUUGUGCCCAGUGUUUCAGGGAAGGUUCUGGGCAACCUUAAUUAGGUUAAAGCUGUUACGAGGAUGUAUGAAUAAAGCUGACAAAGCUAAUAUGAAUUCUUAGAUUAAAGAACAGCCAGACAGUCACCUCGAAAAUAGUAUGUCUGUGCUGUGCCAGCACUUUUGCUUGAAAAUUUCUGCUUCAUUUCAUACGUGUCAUGUUUCAGAAUGGUACUAGGUCUCAUCCCAGUAAAAUAUCCUCAGCCUACAGAAUCUAUUUAAGAAUUUGCCUCUUAAUUAAUCUUUCUGGUUAUUACCAUGGCAUUCUGGGACAUUCAGGUGUGAAAGGGGCUUUUGGCUCGUAAGAAGUAAGGUCAGCUUGUAGGUGUUUUUAGGAGAUAUAAAUAUUACCAGGCCUUUCACAUCCCCUAAUAAACAAGUUACCAAGCUUUCAGGGCCCUAAUAGUUCAAUGAUGCAUCUAUGGUCCAAGGAGUUGGUUUGUCUCUGCAGUGGAAAAUCAUUUUUUUGUCAUCCGUAUAAGAAUUUGUACUAUUUUUAUUCUUUUAAAUGAACUAGAAUGUAGUAUAUUACAGAAUUGUGGUUUCCUGCAUGCCAAAGGUCUUUGUUGCGUGCAUUGCUUAUUUAGCAGUCUAAUCCUCGACUGAUUCUAGACCAUUUGUAACUCUCUACCUCUACAUGGUAAAUACAGGAAAAACAAUGGCAUCAAAGCACCAAAGGGUUUCUUCGAUUAUCACAAUAUUUGAAACCCUGGCUGCCUCUUUGUUUAAUUAAUCACUUUUGUUAUUUUCUGUUUUCAGUACAGUUUUAAAGUGGACUGUACAGUACGAUAUCUGUAUAUUGUAGCAAGGUAUACUGUCGAGUAAAAUAUUCAGUAGAACUGUAUAAAAGAUAAGAUUCUUAAUGUGUAUGCUUCCUUUCUUUGU